AUGAAUGAGAAAAACCCGGAAAGGCAAACUUCGACGCCGCCGAGAGGCUCUUCGUUUUUUAUCGAGAACCUUCUGGGCUCCGGUCGUGACGAGCCGCCGCUCCGGGACGGCGAGCAGGGCGCGAGAGGCACCGUUCUCCGGGCCAGCUGUGCGAAUCGCCGUGAAGAAGCGGCCACGAGCUCCGACACACCCGCGUGCUGGCAGACCGCGAGACUCAGUGAUGUUCAGCGCGCCGAGAGUCCGAGAGAGUGCACGCGCAGCUCGGACGAGCACUCGGACUCGGUGUGCAGCGACACCGACUCCCCGGCAAGGAGGCGCGCGGACCAGGAGCCCGAGGCUGAGCCGGGCGAAGCGGGCUCUGCGCGCAGGAAGAAAACGCGCACGGUGUUCUCGCGCAGCCAGGUCUUCCAGCUCGAGUCCACGUUCGACGCCAAGCGCUACCUGAGCAGCUCGGAGCGCGCGGGCCUCGCCGCCUCGCUCCGCCUCACCGAGACGCAGGUGAAGAUCUGGUUCCAGAACCGCAGGAACAAGUGGAAGCGGCAGCUGCACGCGGACCUCGAGGCUGCAGCCGCUGCAGCCGCCGCUGCCUCCCACGCGCCUCAGCGCGUCGUGCGCGUGCCCGUGUUGUAUCGCGAGAGUUUCCCGGCCCCGGUGACCGGGUUCGCGGACGCGGUGAGCUUCCCGCUCACGUCCCUCGCGCACUCUAUGAACGUGCUGAGGGCGCAGAUGACCGGUCUGGUCUGA